AUGUCGUCGCAGUCCAACGGCAUGUCGGCGAACGACGAAGUGGAGAGCGCCUAUUUCCAGAACCACCCCUCGCCCAAAGCCUUGACCAAACAUCAGGCGCUUGCUCGAGAAUUCAUACAAUACCAUCUAGACAAUGCUCCAGACCGACGGAUAGUUCUAGUCACCUCGGGAGGCACAACCGUACCACUCGAAAACCAGACCGUCCGUUUCAUCGAUAAUUUCUCUGCCGGAACUCGUGGAGCUACCUCCGCCGAAUACUUCCUGCAGGAAGGCUACGCGGUCAUUUUUCUGCACCGGCAGUUCAGUCUCUUGCCUUACUCCCGACAUUACAGUCACAGCACCAACUGCUUCCUCGAUUUCAUGGAAGAGUCUGAAGAUGGCGAGCGAGUAGUUGUCCGCAAGGAAUACCAGGAGAAGAUGCGUCGAGUCUUGCAACAGUAUCACCUGGCAAAGGAGCGCAGAUUGCUGCUGCUUCUGCCAUUUACGACAGUCACUGAAUACAUGUUCGAACUUCGCAGUCUUGCAACGGCGAUGCAGCCACUUGGGAGCCGGGCGUUGUUCUAUCUUGCUGCUGCCGUCUCUGAUUUUUUCAUUCCGAGGGAUCGAAUGGAGGAGCACAAGAUUCAGUCUCGUGAAGGAGGAGGUUCCGGCCGACAGUUGGUCAUCAACCUGGAUCCAGUUCCCAAGUUCCUCAGCAACUUGGUACACUCUUGGGCUCCGAAAGGGAGUAUGAUUGUCAGCUUCAAGUUGGAGACAGAUCCAAGCCUUCUUGUAAGCAAGGCAGAGCAGGCUCUGGAUCGCUAUCAACACGACCUCGUGAUAGGCAACUUGUUGACCACACGGAAAUGGGAAGUUGUUUUCGUCUCCCGAGUCGGUGGAGAGAGGUGGAUCCGAGUUCCCAAAACACGGCGGUCCAAGAGCUUAUCAGGAGUGGAAGCGCUUGUGGGAAGAGCCGAGCGGAAGCACGAGCCAGAACCGGUAGAUUUGGAAGGAGGCACCGUAACAGAGGGUAUGGAAAUUGAGAGCCUGAUCAUCCCUGAGCUGGCAACACUGCAUUCGGAAAUGAUGGAACAAAGGUCUUCAGCAUCUGAAGGAGAGUCGUGA